AUUUGGUAACCCUAACAGUAAAGAGCAGCAAAUUUCAAAAUUACAAAUCAUCGAAAAUCAGCAAUUUUGGGUGUUUCUCAAAAGAGCUUUGUGUGUGUACACAACAACGACGUAGAAACAACAACAACAUCACACAGCAAAAAGAAAAAAAUGGAAAAUACGGAAGAAAUUGUGGAAAAGAAGCUGAACGAGUUGGAAAUCGGUGAGACAUUUCCGCGUAUCAAGCUCACGGACAAAUAUUUGCCGUACGCCCUGAACCCGUUUUACGUGAAAGGAACGACGACGACACGGAAGCCCAACGAUGUGGAAAAGUUAUUCGGAACGCACAGCAGCAGCAGCAAAACGAUGAGCAGCGAAGAAAGUGAUAAAAGCAACAAAUGUUGCGGAAAAUGCGAAACAAGUGACGUUCCGGGACUCGUCAGGAACACCUUCAAGUCGAAACACAAAAAGAAGGAACGCAAGUCGUUCAUUCGCGAGCCACGUCUCAAGCUAAUUGGGCGGUGUGUGCAUCAAUGUGCCCUAAAUUCGAUGAAAACCCGGAGUUUUAGCGAAUCGGAGAUUGCAAGACGAUCGGAAAUUGAUCUUUCGACGGAGCUUGAGUCGCAUUUGAGUCUUCAGACAUCACUUGAGAACACAAAAGGCACCACUUUUGGCGACAAACAACAAAAUCUCUCGGAUUUCCGGACGAUCAUCGAACAGUGUUCCAAUAUCUCGCUCACGGAAGGCACCGCGUCAAAGGACCCCAAACUCGAUUACAGCCAAAAAAGCUUCAAAACGUUGCGAAAUCACGCCCCGCAUGCGAGAUUCCGCUCGAAAACGCCUCCUGCAGUGUCUGUGGCAUCGACUUCGGGCGCAGCAAACUCGUCGUCGUCUUCGUCGUGCUCGCAACAGGCACGCAUGCAAUGUGAUGUUACAAUAAACGAAAUCGCCAGUUACUUCGAACUGCUUUAUAUCCCCAAAAAGAUGAGCAGUAUGGCCGAAAGCAUGUACAUUUAAGAAUUAUUGCGAGAUUUUUUUCGUUUUAAGUCGUGAGUUAAAUAUUUCUAGUGAUCAAAAUAGUCAAAUAUCGUUAUUUUUUGUCAAAAUUCGUUAUAAACAGAAAAAAAUCAUUCAGGUCUUGAAAAAUGUAUUUCGAUCAACAAAAACAAAAGGCGUUCAGUAUUUUGUCUAUAAAUAAAAAAUCUCAAGGUCGUUCGUAAGUAAAUAAAUUUAAAUUACGUUUACGUGUGAAUGAAAGGAAAACGCGUUUACAAACAUUUUUUUCUAAACUACUUGUAACGUAUAUUUGGUUCAUCGUCAAGGAGGAUGAAAUAAA